AUAGUCUUAUAGAGCGUGAAACUCGGACCCAAAGAAGAGUCGCAUGCUUUGACCUUUAAGGCUUUAAGCAAAACGCAACCCUCCUCCUUCUCCUUCUUUUGAUAUAGUUACAUACAACCGAAAUAGAAAGGAAACCUUUAUUAUUUUUUUCUCUUUUAAAGGCCAGCCGAUAUGGACCUCAUGACCCAUUCUUCGUCGUUUCUUCUCCCGCCGGUCUCCACCGACAACUGUUCUUCUCUUACUUACGCACUUGUUGUGCUUAACCAACGCCUCCCCAGAUUCGCUCCUCUUCUCUGGAAGCACGCACAGCUACGUCUCUGUGCGGAUGGAGGUGCUAAUCGUGUUUACGAUGAAUUGCCUAUGUUCUUCCCAGAUGAAGACGCUCUUGACGUUCGACACAGGUAUAAGCCGGAUGUAAUUAAGGGAGACAUGGAUUCAAUCAGAGGAGAAGUACUGGACUUCUAUACCAGCCUGGGAACCAAGGUGGUCGACGAAUCUCAUGAUCAAGACACCACAGAUCUACAUAAGUGCAUUGCAUAUAUUCGUGACUUCACUCCAGAUUCAGACAAGUCUAAUCUUUGCAUUCUUGUAGCUGGGGCCCUUGGUGGACGAUUCGACCAUGAGGCUGGAAACAUUAAUGUUCUAUAUCGGUUCUCAGCCAUGCGAAUAAUUCUUAUAUCUGAUGACUGCCUCAUCUACCUCCUUCCAAGGACUCACUAUCAUGAAAUCCAUAUCCAAUCUUCUGUUGAGGGCCCACAUUGUGGACUCAUUCCCAUAGGGAUGCCAUCUGGGAGUACCACAACAACUGGACUCCAAUGGGAUCUCACUGACAUGGAGAUGAGGUUUGGUGGUCUCGUAAGUACAUCAAACAUAGUCAAAGGAGGAAAGGUGACAGUGCAGUCCAGUUCAGAUCUUCUUUGGACAAUCUCCAUUAAAAAGGCAUAAUGCCUUAUGCUUCGAAGAUAAAGGCUAACUAGCAGCAGAUUUGAUAAUAAGUUAUCCUAACCUACACUGAGAUGGCGUUUCUCAAUAAAAUCAGUGCAUUUUAGGUUAUUCUGUGUCCAUAUAUGAUUUUAUUAUUUGGAAGAAAUUAUGCAGCAGUUUCAACUCUGAAUAUUUUCUUCCUAUUGUUAUACGGGAAAUCCUAUUUCAAGUUAGAUUAGGCUUUUAAGUUUGAAAUAUAUAUUUCUAACUUUUGCUGUUUGUAUCAUGCCAUGGGAAAAUAGAUUGGGAGACAUUAUAAUCAUUACUCUUUCCAUCUCAAAA